AUGUAAUAAUCUCAAGCAAUUAACUUAAUACCUGAAUCAACAUCCUUAAUAAUAGAACCUACAGAUACAACUGGAGCAUUGUUAUUAGGAAAUAUAAGUUCAUUGACAAAAUCAUAUAAAUAAAACUAAGUUAAAGUAUAUAUCAUUUAAAUUUUAAGGCUGCAAUUACUGUUUGUGAAUUCUCAGAAUUUGAUGAUAAAAAUGUUUCUAAUUUACUCUAUACAUUUGGAUAAUCAUUUAAUUAUCAAUAUUGA